AUGGCAUCCUCACCUCAAGAUUUGAGAGUCGCCAUUCUGGGCGCAGGAAUGGGCGGUUUGACCACUGCUCUCGCUUUGGCUCAGCGUGGCUUCAAGAAUAUUGAUGUAUAUGAAAAUGCGCACGACCUGGGCUUCGUUGGUGCCGGCAUCCAGCUCGCCCCCAACAUGGCACGAGUCUUGGACAAUCUCGGUGUAUGGAAGCCCAUUGAGGCCGAAGCCGUGAAUAUCUCUGAGACUUCCGUCCGAGAGGGCGCAACCGACAACAAGCUCGCACAUGUGGAUUUGAAUUAUAUCGAAGAAACUUACGGCUACAAGCACAUGGUUGGUCACCGCGCAUCGCUGGCCGAUGGGCUGUAUCAGGGUUGCUUGAAGCAACCUGCCAUUAAAUUCCACUUCGCCGUUACUGCAGAGAGGGUCGACUCAUUCGGCCCCAAGCCUUCGUUCACCGCUGUGCCCCGCGAUGAGACCCAAAAGCCAUUUAAAGUUGAGUGUGAUGUCCUCCUCUCCGCGGACGGUAUCAAGAGUCAAACCCGCGUGGAGAUUCUCAAGCGCUUGAACGUCGAUGUCGGCGUCAAGGAUACCAACCAAGCCGCCUACCGAAUCAUGAUCCACAAAGACCAGAUCAAGGACGACCCCGAGCUACUUGCUCUGAUUAAUAACACCCGCGUGACUCGCUGGAUUGGCGAGAAGCGUCAUAUCAUUGCCUACGCAGUUUCCAACAAUACCAUCUACAACCUGUCCACCACCCAACCCGACACCAACUUUGCUGCUGCAACCAACGCCACCUACACCACCAAGGGUGACAAGAGCGCCAUGCUGGGCGUCUUCUCUGACUUCUGCCCGAUGGUGCAGCGUAUGCUGAACUACGUUCCCGAGGGAGAGGUCUGUGAGUGGAAGCUGCGCGUCCACGAUGCCCUCCCGACCUGGGUCCAUGAGCAGGUUGCUCUGGUUGGCGAUGCGUGCCACCCAACUCUGCCUCAUCUUGCCCAGGGUGCAGCCCAGGCCAUUGAGGACGGUGCUGUUCUGGCUGUCGUUCUCGCCCGUCUCCCAGAUACAACCCCGGAAUCUAUCAACAAGGCACUCCGUGUCUACGAGAAGGUCCGUAAGGGCCGCGCUGAGGCUCUGGUCGAUAUGGCCUCUGCCUCCGGUCGUGCUUUGCACCUGGGUGAUGGUGCCGCAAAGGCUGAGCGUGAUCGUCAAUUCGCUGCUCUCCGUUCUGGAGGUGGCAAGGGUCCUGUCCCUGACAAGUGGGCCGAUGCUGAUGUUCAGCGUGAGAUUUAUGGUUUCGACUGCACCAAGGUUGCGGAGGACAACUUUGAGGAGUACUUUUCGCAGCUGUAA